GUUUAAUUUUACAGGUUAAAUGGAAAGCAGAAUGAUUGUUGAAUGGCUUAUAUCUACGUUCUUGAUUUUAAUGGGAACAAUGUCCAUGUUUACGCCAAUGACAAUUACAGGAGCUGCAACCACAACCACAGGAGCUCCAAUAACAACAACAGCUACAACAACAACUACUCCUUCCACAACUACCACCACAGCUACAACUACCACAGUAGUACCCACAACAACAUCUGCUCCAACAACUACCACAGCACCUCCAACAACUGCUACUACUCCUCUAAGUAGUCCCACAUCUGCUCUAACAAUCACAACAGCAGGAACACCGACCACAUCUGUAGCCACAACCACUGGACCUUUGACAAUUAGAUAUGUUGUUUUCAGAUCCAUUCAAAGCAAUUUUACAGCAGACUUGUUGAAUUCAUCAUCUGAAGCUUUUAAAAGUCGAUGUUCAUCAAUAAAGGCGCAGAUUGAACCUGCUUACAGAAAGGCGUUCCCUUCUUCCUUUGUCUCCUUGGCCGUUGUGAGCUUCAGGCAGGGAUCAGUCAUCAACACCAUAGAACUUCAGUUUGUAAACUCAUCUGUUCUAAAUGACACUGAGAUUAGAAGUGUUUUGAUCAGUACAGCCUCAAAUGUGACAGGCUUUGACAUCGAAACGACCUCUGUCACUGUCAGUGACACAUUUACCCCAACAACAAACACAUCAACAACAUCAACGACCACAGCAACUCCAACAACUACUACAUCUGCUGCAACAACUACUGCAGCUACUGCAACAACUACUACAUCUGCUGCAACAACUACUGCAGCUACUGCAACAACUACUACAUCUGCUCCAACAACUACUGCAACUACUGCAACAACUACUGCAGCUACUGCAACAACUACUGCAGCUACUGCAACAACUACUGCAGGUACUGCAACAACUACUGCAGCUACUGCAACAACUACUACAUCUGCUCCAACAGCUACUACAUCUACUCCAGCAACUACUACAUCUACUCCAACAGCUACUACAUCUACUCCAACAACUACUACAUCUACUCCAGCAACUACUACAUCUACUCCAACAGCUACUACAUCUACUCCAACAACUACUACAUCUGCUCCAACAGCUACUACAUCUACUCCAACAACAACUACAUCUACUCCAACAACUACUACAUCUACUCUAACAACUACAACAUCUCCUCCAACAACAACUACAUCUAGUCCAAUAACAACUACAUAUACUCCAACAACUACUACAUCUGCUCCAACAACAACCACAGCAGCUCCAACAACUACCACAACUACAAAAGCUCCGACUGCACCUGUCCAAGUUUUUCUGUUUCUACAGUUCCUUGAACCAUAUGUACCUGAUCUCACAGACCCCACCAGCAGUGUAUUUCAAGAUCGCAAAAGACGAGUUGAAGAGACGUGUGAUAGAAUCUACAAACCAUUUCCUUCCUUCAUCCGUGCCAUUGUGAUUCAGUUCAGUCUUGUUAGAGUCCAAACACGAGUGGAUAGAACUGAGGCAGAGGUGGAGCUUGUGUUCAAUCAAACAGCGCCCAGCGCACAAGUCCCAAAUAAUACUACUAUUGUUCAAACUUUGAAACAGGCUAUUAACAGUUCCAGCAGCAAUUUCAGUAUUGCCAUAGUUCCUGACACAAUAUCAAUAACUUCUGGUUCCUACAGCAACCACCAUGGUGUUAUACACAACUACAACAACAAUAGUGGAAAGUGCAACACUUCCUUCUUCAGCAGCUACUGCAGAAACAACAAUCACUGUGAGAACGACAACUAUUGAAGCACAUAUAUCUGAAAACACAUCUGCAGGAGGAUUGAGCCACAAGACACGUCUCUACACUGCUUCCUGCCUCUGUGACAGGUUGAAGGACUACUGUUGAAGGUCUACUGCAUAUAAAACUGUUCACUUAAUACUAAUUCAUAUCAGUUGAUAUAAGGACAAAAAUAAUGUAAAUAUGGUAAGAAAAUGGUAAAGAGUUCAUUAUUUUUCAUGUUAUAUUAAUGGCUUUCAUGUUACUUAAGAAAACUGCAAUCUAUACAUCAGUGAUCGGCUAGUAAGCCUUUUCUGGGAUCGAUUAGUAGUGUCUCUAUUCUCCACUAGGGGGCUUUCGCGCGUUCUCCUCACUGCAAUAAACGCUGCAUGAGAGACGCAAGUCAAAAUCACUCUCGUGAUUCUUUUCCCCCGGUUUUCAGGUAAAAGUGUUUAAAAGUUGAUAUAUUUCCAAUGUGUACACUGUUAAGAUAUUUAAGAGGUAAUCCUUCGUUGUUUUGUAAGCUUUAGAAGCAUUAUAUUACAGUUUUGUGCACAUAUACGUGGUGGCUUUGAGCCUCAGUUUUGUACUGUGUAAUGGCCAGUAAGAUAACGGCAUCAUAAAUUUGCAUCAUAUGCAUCAUAUGCAUCAUAAAAAAUGAAUGCUUUGAAAAACAGCUCUUGCUGUGUGCGCUGCCUGUUUGUAUCACACAUGUUCCUGCUAGUUUAGUUAUUUGUAUUUAUCAGCAAUAAAGCUGAUAGAGUCCAUUUCAGCCUGUGAGUCCUGCAUCUUGGGUCUGCAACUCUGCCUACUGCACCAA